ACAAUUGAUGCAAUAAAAUAUCGAUAGUGCCAGCGUCAGUCUACUCAACAGAAAUUUCACGUCGGCCGCGUUUUCUAAGAGCGAAUACAAUUUUUUUGCCUUAUACUUUUGCAUCGCUUAAAUAAAUUACAAUAAUCACCCUAAAGCAAGCGAUUGCGCGCAAAAAUAUUUCGAGCUAUAAGCAUAAGCAUAAUAAGGUCAGUUUAAAGUGUGCUUUAGAAUGUAGCAAGUGAACGUUAACAAUGUCGUCUAAAACUCGACGCGCUGGCACCGCGACGCCGCAGCCCGGCAGUACCUCGACCCCUCGACCACCAUCAUCUGGGCCACAGCAACAGACAUCGGCGUCGUCGUCGCAGUCGCAGUCGCAGCAGCAGGCGACCAGCCCCACGCGCCAUUCGCGACUGGUGGAGAAGGUCGAGCUGCAGAAUUUGAACGAUCGUCUGGCUUGCUAUAUUGAUCGCGUUCGCAACUUGGAGACGGAGAACGCACGUCUUACCAUUGAGGUGCAGACCACACGUGACACCGUGACCAAAGAGACGACCAACAUUAAGAGUAUCUAUGAGACGGAACUGCUAGAGGCACGUCGUAUGCUCGAUGAACUGGCACGAGAACGUGCGCGUUUAGAGAUUGAUACCAAGAGGCUGUGGGAGGAGAACGAAGAGUUGACUGCCCGUCUAGACAGGAAGACGAAGGAAUGCAGCGCUGCUGAGGCUAAUGCCCGAAUGAACGAGUCGCGUGCCAGUGAGCUGAGUAAUAAAUAUAACCAGGCCAAUGCCGAUCGGAAGAAAGCCAUUGAUGACCUGAACGAAGCUCUCAAGGAACUGGAUCGUCAACGCAAGCAGCUUGAGGACUCGCGCAAGAAUCUUGAACAGGAGACUCUGGCGCGUGUGGAUCUGGAGAACAAUAUACAAAGUUUGCGUGAAGAGCUGUCGCUUAAGGAUCAGGUGCACGUUCAGGAGAUUAACGAGUCGCGUCGCAUACGCCAAACUGAAUACAGUGAAAUCGAUGGCCGUCUCUCGUCCGAGUAUGAGGCGAAGUUGCAGCAAUCGCUGCAAGAGCUGCGCAACCAGUAUGAGGAUCAAAUGCGCUGCAAUCGCGAUGAUAUCGAGGCCUUGUAUGAGGCCAAGAUACGUUCAUUACAAGAAGCGGCGGCUCGCACGCACAGCUCGACGCACAAGUCAAUAGAGGAGCUGCGCAAUUCACGCAUUCGUAUCGAUGGACUUAAUGCCAAGCUCAAUGAUAUGGAGGCGGCCAAUGCCAUGUUGAACACGCGCAUACGGGAGCUGGAACAGCAGCUGGACCAUGAGCGCGAACGCCAUGCAAAUGACAUUGCAAUGUACGAUAAGGAACUGAAUCGCUUACGCGAGGAGAUGGCACAACAAUUGCAGGAAUAUCAGGAUUUAAUGGACAUCAAGGUCUCUUUGGACUUGGAAAUCGCCGCCUACGACAAGCUGCUCGUGGGUGAGGAGGCACGUUUAAAUAUAACGCCCGCGAAUUCGGCUACGGUGCAAUCAUUCAGCCAAUCGUUGCGUAGCUCUCGUGCCACGCCCUCUCGGCGCACACCGUCGGGCGGCUUGAAGCGCAAACGUGCCGCUGUUGAGGAGUCUGAGGAUCAUAGCGUAUCCGAUUUUUAUGUGUCGGCUAGUGCUAAGGGCAAUGUGGAAAUCAAAGAGAUCGACGCCGAUGGCAAAUACGUUAAGCUGUACAACAAGGGCACCGAAGAGGUCUCCAUUGGCGGCUGGCAGCUGCAGCGGUCGCUUAACGAUAAUGGACCAGUGACAACCUACAAGUUCCAUCGUUCCGUGAAAAUCGAGCCAAAUGGCACAGUGACCGUUUGGUCGUCGGAUUCGCGUGCCACGCACGAGCCGCCAUCGAACAUAGUGAUGAAGCAACAAAAGUGGAUGACUGGCGAUAAUACGAAGAUGGCGCUGUUGAAUAGCGAAGGCGAAACGGUUGCCAAUAUGGAACGCAACAAGCGUAUUGUCUCCACACAUGUGUCAUCCUCGCGCCUCAGUCGCCGUCGCAGCAUCAGCGCCGUUGAUGGCAACGAGCAGCUGUACCAUCAGCAGGGCGAUCCCCUACAGACGAACGAGAAGUGCGCGAUUAUGUAAUAGCCAGCCAAGCAUAAAGAUAAUAAUAUAUUCACACAUAUGCAGACACAGACAGACAAGCACACA